AUGCCUCGUGCCGAUGACUUGCGCCGCCUGGCAUCUGCGGUCUUGCGCCGUGGGCUUCCGCGCACAGGCUUCUCCGCGCAAAGCUCGCUCCGCCUUCCCCGCAACGGGCUUCCGCCGCCUGGCCUCUGCCCCGCACCGAUCUCCCCCUCUCUAGCCGAACCGCCCGUAGCCUCCGCCGGAGUUCCCGCAUCAGUGCACCCGCCUUCGCGCAUUCUUCCUGCCGCUCCGCGUUUCCUUUCCUGCCGAUACGCAUCCACCUCCGUCCAUUCGACCUUCUCCGCUUCUCCCGCCGCUUCUCCCGCGGAAUUAGCCGCCGGAUCUGCCGCCGCGAUGAAACCUAUCGAAGUAUCCGGCGCCGAUUCGCUAUUGCUUAGUUUGGGGCUCAAACCGCUCCCGCUUUUUCCGGGCAGCCCGUCGUUAGAAAAAGAAUCUUCUGCCUCGCAAAGUCAGGAUGAAGUCGAUUCAGAGGGCUCUCAGGAAACCGACGCGAAGGUUCUGGAGCAAGUGCAAGUCAAGAGGCGCCGCAAGCAGAAUCUGGCGGAUAUUCUUUGGCGGCGACCGGCGUGGGGGCAAGGCGCUAGAGUGGCGAAGCGGCAUUGGCAGGAAGGCACCUUUUACGAAGUUUCGCGAGUUCAAAUAGCCAAGACGGGGCGAACAGCAACAGUGUGGGGGAUAUUCCACCAGGAGGGUGAGUGUAACGAAAGGGAUGUGCUUUUAAUGAGGGGGGGAAGCAACAGUUUGGGGGAUAUUCCACCAGGAGGGUGA